UAUGAAUUCGGCAACAGCUUAUUUUCAUGACAUCAACAACAUGGCAGUAGUAAUAAUAUUUAGCUUUGUGACGUCCACAUAAUUUAAGCUGUCUGCUACUUGGUUCUGUUUUAAUGGCUAUUGAUAUUGAAUCAGAACUGUCAAAAUAAUGAUUAUUUAACUCUUCUAUUUAUUUAUAAUGAGGGAAAGUGUUAAAACUAAUGAAAUGUUUAUUAUUAGAGCUCUUGAAAAAAUACUAAAUGAUCGCGAAAUCAAGCGAUCACAUCAUACACAGUUGCGAAAAGCAUGUGAAACUGCUUUAGGAGAAAUAAAGAAUGAAUACAGGGAAACAAGGGAUUCCACUAAUACAGGCAAUAUUGAAGAGGAGAAGACUUCAUCUUGUUUGCCUCUGCCAAAAUCAAAAGCUGGGAAUCUUGAAGCGGAGAAAUAUUUUCUUCCUUUUGAAUUAGCUACUCAAUCUAAAUCCCCACGGAUUGUAAUAACAGCUAUUGAUUGCAUACAGAAACUAAUUGCUUAUGGCCAUUUAACUGGAAGUAUUGCCGAUCCUGCCAAUCCAAAUAAAUUGUUAAUUGAUAGAAUUGUUGAAGCGAUUUGUAGUUGUUUUCAUGGUCCCAACACUGAUGAUGGCAUUCAAUUGCAAAUUAUUAAAGCUCUUUUGACGGUUGUGACAUCUCAAGCCUGUGAAGUUCAUGAAGGGAGUAUUUUGCUGGCAGUGAGAACUUGUUAUAAUAUUUAUUUGGCUAGUAAAAAUUUAAUAAAUCAAACAACAGCCAGAGCAACUCUUACACAAAUGCUCAAUGUUAUUUUCACACGGAUGGAAGUACACGCUGCUGCUAUUGUUCAAGAUAAACAGCAAAAAGAUACAGAAUCAGAUGAAGUCCAAAAUAAAAUCUCUGACAAUGUAAAACAAGAAAAUAUUAAUGCAGAAGUUAAACUUUUGGUUGAAGACAUGGUCACCAAUGUUUGUGCAGAUAUGCUGCUUAAUUCUAUACCUGAAGCUCAAGAUUCGAGUCCUUCCUCCUCAAGAGGAUCAACUAACAACUUACAAAGACUUCCUUCACAGGAAAGUCUGGAAACUUAUGAAGGCAAUAUAGAAACUUCUCAAGCAAGCUUUUCUCAUGUAUUGCAGAAAGAUGCAUUUUUAGUUUUUCGAUCAUUGUGUAAACUAAGCAUGAAGCCAUUACCAGAAGGGCAACCAGAUCCUAAGUCUCAUGAGCUACGAUCAAAAAUCCUUUCUCUUCAACUAUUACUUACCAUUCUUCAGGGAGCAGGGCCAGUGUUUAAAUCCACUGAAAUGUUUAUCAAUGCUAUCAAACAAUAUUUAUGUGUUGCCUUGUCAAAAAAUGGGGUAUCCUCAAUUCCGGAAGUCUUUGAACUAUCUCUAUCAAUAUUUUUAACUCUUCUUCAAAAUUUCAAGACUCAUUUAAAGAUGCAAAUUGAAGUCUUCUUUAAAGAAAUAUUCCUAAAUAUUUUAGAAACUUCAAAUAGUUCAUAUGAACACAAAUGGAUGGUUAUUCAAGCCCUUACUAGAAUAUGUGCUGAGGCUCAAAGUAUUGUUGACAUUUAUGUGAACUAUGACUGUGAUUUUACUGCUGCUAAUAUUUUUGAACGUUUAGUCAAUGACCUAUCGAAAAUUGCUCAGGGAAGACAAGCUUUGGAGCUUGGAGCAACCUCUUCACAAGAAAAAUCUAUGAGAAUUAAAGGUCUUGAAUGCCUAGUUUGUAUACUGAAGUGUAUGGUUGAAUGGAGCAAAGACCUUUAUGUGAAUCCAAUACAACAAGCAAAUCUGGGACCUGAGAAGCAUAAGGACACUUCAGAAAUAGAUUCUGGGAAAGGAACUAUCACAAGUUAUGGUAGCAUUAAUUCUUUAAGCUCAUCAUCUAGUUUCACUGCUACUCCAAAUGAUAACCCUGAGCACAUUGAAGUCAUGAAGCAGUUAAAAGAAAUUAGAGAGCAUGGCAAUGAUUUAUUCAACCGAAAACCUGAUAAGGGAAUAGCCUAUUUGCAAGAAAAUGGCAUAUUGGGAAAUAGUCCAGCUGAUAUUGCUGAAUAUUUGCUCACUGAAGAAAGAUUAAAUAGAACAAUGAUUGGUGACUUUCUUGGUGACAAUAAUAAAAUCAACAGGGAAGUAAUGUAUGCAUAUGUCGAUCAAAUGGAUUUUGCAGAAAAAGAUAUUGUAUCAGCUCUACGCAAUUUUCUUGAAGGAUUUCGUUUGCCAGGCGAAGCUCAGAAAAUUGAUCGUCUAAUGGAAAAAUUUGCUUCUCGUUAUUGCGAAUGCAAUUCAAAUAAUACACUUUUCUCAAGUGCUGAUACUGCUUAUGUCCUCGCCUAUUCUAUUAUUAUGCUUACUACAGAUUUACAUAGUCCACAGGUUAAAAGUAAAAUGACUAAAGAGCAAUACAUAAAAAUGAAUAGAGGAAUCAAUGAUAGUAAGGAUCUUCCUGAAGAGUACUUGUCUCAAAUUUAUGAUGAAAUCGCUGGAAAUGAAAUCAAAAUGAAGGCUUCUGCAACUAAGUUCAGUGGAAAACAAAACUUAGGAAGUGAGAAAAAAAGACGGCUUCUAUACAAUGUUGAAAUGGAAGAAAUGGCUGAAACAGCCAAAGCUUUAAUGGAAAGUGUGAGUCAUGUUCAAGCUCCCUUUACCCGUGCGAAGCACUUAGAGCAUGUUCGUCCUAUGUUCAAAAUGGCAUGGACUCCAUUUUUAGCUGCAUUCAGUAUUGGACUUCAAGACUGUGAUGACUCUGAAAUAGCUUCACUUUGUUUGGAUGGAAUCAGAUGUGCAAUUCGAAUAACUUGUAUUUUUCAUAUGACGUUGGAAAGAGAUGCUUAUGUUCAAGCUCUUGCUCGAUUUACUCUCUUGACUGCUAAUUCUCCCAUAACAGAAAUGAAAGCAAAAAAUAUUGAUACAAUUAAAACCCUAAUAACAGUUGCACACACUGAUGGAAAUUAUUUAGGAAAGUCUUGGCUAGAGAUAUUGCGUUGCAUAUCUCAACUAGAGCUCGCACAACUCAUUGGUACUGGUGUAAAGCCUCAAUUUUUGAAUACACAGUCAUCCCAUCCUGAAGGUUCAUCUUUGAUGCUAGAUCCCGUUGAUUUGGCUCGUGGGGGAGUGCCUUUGGAUGAAAAAAGGAGUGCUCUUCUCCAAGAAACAUUGGGAGAAACAAGUUCAAACAGUGUAGUCGUUGCUGUAGACAGGAUAUUUACAGGAUCUACUCGCUUAGAUGGUUAUGCAAUUGUUGAUUUUGUUAAAGCAUUGUGUCAAGUUUCAUUAGAAGAACUUGCUAAUUCAUCACAUCCAAGAAUGUUUAGCUUACAAAAAAUAGUUGAAAUUUCAUAUUACAAUAUGGGAAGAAUUCGUUUAAAGUGGGCUAGAAUUUGGGAAGUUCUUGGAGAGCACUUCAAUAAGGUUGGUUGCAGUCCUAUUGAAGAUGUUGCUUUUUUCGCAGUCGAUUCACUUCGGCAACUUUCCAUGAAAUUUUUAGAAAAAGGAGAAUUUACAAAUUUUAGGUUCCAGAAAGAAUUUCUUCGACCUUUUGAACAUGUGAUGAAAAACAAUCGGUCACCUGCAAUUAGAGACAUGGUGGUACGUUGUAUAGCUCAGAUGGUAAAUUCUCAAGCAUCAAAUAUUAAGUCUGGUUGGAAAAAUAUUUUUAGCGUGUUCCAUUUAGCAGCUGCUGAUGAUAAUGAAAGUAUUGUAGAAUUAGCUUUUCAGACUACGGGAAAAAUUAUUACACAAAUCUAUGAAAAGUACUUUCCCUCCCUUAUUGAUUCCUUCCAAGAUUCUGUCAAGUGCCUGUCUGAAUUUGCGUGCAAUGCCUGUUUUCCUGAUACUAGCAUGGAAGCCAUACGUCUGAUUAGGCAUUGUGCAAAAUAUGCUGCUGAGCAACCAGAUGUAUUCAAAGAGCACAAUAUAGAAGAUUUAAGUGUUCCCGAAAGUGAUAGAGUAUGGGUCCGUGGUUGGUUCCCUAUAUUAUUUGAACUCUCGUAUAUUGUCAGUAGGUGUAAGUUGGAUGUGCGUACCCGAGCAUUGACUGUGAUGUUUGAAAUUAUCAAAACAUAUGGCUCGUUGUUUGCGCAGCACUGGUGGAAUGAACUAUUUAAAAUUAUAUUUCGUAUUUUUGAUAACAUGAAGCUGCCUGAGAAAACAACGGAGAAAGCAGAAUGGAUGACUACAACUUGCAACCAUGCCUUAUACAGUGUUGUUGAUGUGUUCACUCAAUACUAUGAUCUACUGAAUGUCUUCAUGCUGGACAGUCUAUAUGUACAAUUGCAGUGGUGUGUGCAACAAGAUAAUGAACAAUUGGCAAGAUCUGGCACAAACUGUCUAGAAAAUCUAGUAAUUUCUAAUGGUGCUAAAUUUUCUAAAGAACGCUGGGAUCAAACAUGCCAAUGUAUCUUAGAAAUAUUUAACACCACAAAGCCAGUUUUAUUGCUGUCUUGGAAGCCAGCCUCCAAAGAAAAAUCUGAAGUACUUAUUAGAAAAGAUUCUGUAUUAUCUCAGUCCAGAGUGUCUCUGGAUGAAAAAUCAAAGGGAAUCUCUGAUGGAGAUUUUCUUGAUCAGCCAAAUUCUGAGGUAGUGGAGGAUGAGAAACCUGGAAGCACUGAAUAUAAACUAAGGAGGCAAAACAGUAGUAGCAGUAAUGAAAGAACUCCUAACCACUUCGAGAGACAAAAUAGUUAUAAGAAAGGACAAGAAAUGACUGAUGAAAAAUUGUUUAUUUCUUUGAAAAUUAAAUGUAUCGUGCAGUUGGAACUUAUCCAAACUAUAGAUAAUAUUAUAUUUUAUCCUGCCACAAGUCGCAAAGAAGAUGAAAAGAAUUUAGCUGCUGCAAGAGCUGAAAUGCGCCAAAGUGAUGAGAAUGAACAAACCUCUGACAGUCAUCAACAAGAGGAUCAAGGAAUGUAUCAGUUUCUAUCUUCUUCACAAUUACUUCUUUUAGUUGACUGCCUUAUGGAAGCACAUCAGUUUGCAAAAACUUUCAAUUCAAGUCACGAGCAAAGAAAUUUCCUUUGGAAAGCAGGAUUUCGAGGCAAUGUGAAACCAGACCUUUUGGUUCACGAAUCUCACAGUUUGGCAUGUGCCUUAAGGAUUUUAUUUAAAAUGUACACUGAUGAAAGCAGGCAGGAUUCUUCAGCCGUUGUUCAAGAAAAACUGAUUAAAAUAUCCCGUGAAGCACUGGCUUAUUAUCUGAAUUUGACCGCUGAAAAACACAAAGAUUCAUAUACUAGUCUCAUAUUGCUUUUGUUGUCUCGUGUCAUUCAACUGGAUGACGAAAACCGGUUUCGAGCUCAUGCUUCUGCAUAUUACAUGCCUCUAUGUGAAAUGAUAUUCUACGAAUCUAAGCCAGAAUUAAGAGCAAUAUUGAGGCGUUUCUACAUACGGUGUUCAAGAGCUUUCCGGAUAUCCAGCUAUAUCUCCCACUGACAGCAACAUUAUCACUGUACCAUACUUCAUAUGCAAUAUUUGUAGAUAAGAUAAAUUUUAUUAUAAAAAAAAUGAUAAACUUCAUUUUAUAUUGAUGCCAUCUCAUAAAAUCAACGCCAGACUAGUCAUUUAGGAACAGUGACUGCUUUGUAAAUAUUUUAACAAAAUUGUAACUAUUCUUCCUUUUUAUUUCUAUUUGGUGAUUAAUAGAUGCUUUGAUUAUAAAAUAAAUGUCAAGCAUUAGUGAUUUUUAUUGAAUUAUUGUGGUUAAUAAAUGCAUAAUGAACAUGAUCAUGUGAUUAUAUGGUAAUAAACACCUGUUCUUCAAACUGUUAGAAAGCUUUUUUGAAAGAAAAAAAAGCAGUUUAUAUACGUAUCAGCAAACUUUUUAUAGAUACUAUUAAAAUAGAGAAUUCAAAAUUUUUUGUUUUUGUUUGCGUACUGUUUGUGAUCCAUUUAAAUUUCAGCUUCAGGGGUAUACCAUCUAGAAAGGAAGUAGAGAAAGAUAAAGUGAAGUUAGCAAACUUCCUCAGUUUGGACUAGCAUUUAAUGUUAAUACCCCUGUGGAGGACUGCACUCUUAAAAAUUAUUUUUAAAUUUCCAAUUUGUUUUUAGUAUAAAGCAUUUGGGCUUCAAAUAGUUUUUUUUUUUAUCAAAGUUUUGAAUAUAUAGACUAUAAAACCAAAUCGAUUCACUUUUGUUUGGUGAAAAAAAAUUUUUUUUAGCUACAUAAUUUUUUUUUUCAUUGCCAUCAAAAUCAAUUGGGGAACCAUUGUUUAGCUUAGUUACAAUAAGAAAAUAGAACUAGAAUUCUAGAACUCUAUUUUUUAUUCUUACUCUUUUCACCCCUAGCAUAAGCUUCAAGUUUGACUCAUCAAUCCACGUACAGAUCAGCGAUUCUACCUCACCCCAAAAGAAUGCAACAAAGAAGGAUAAUACUUAAUCUGUUUUGUACAGUUCGUUAAAAUGUUUAAUGAGUUUAUUCACCAUAUAACUUAAUUAUGUUCUUAAUCAUUUGUUGACCAGAUUAAUUUUUUGAAAAUAAUUCUUAAGGAAUUUCUUAGCAUCCCUUAGCUAAUUAAAGUUUUCAUUAUUAGUAAGUUUGGUAUAAGUAAUACUUCUAUUUUUUUGGCUAGUAAAUAAAGUAUAGUAUGUUUUCUUUAGAUUCUGAGAAAAUCUCAGUUGAGAUAUGAAGUCAAACUUAUCUUAGAGAAAAAAUUGUACAGCAUAAUUUCAGUUUCCUCCAUCCAAAUGAAAUUUUCAAUUAUUAAUGAAGCACUGUUUUGUCGUUUGCACUUUAGACUCUUUUAUAGUUAAAGGUUAUUCAGAAUUAUGAAAUAUUUUUAUAAAAAAAAAUGUAGUUAAAAUGUCAGAAAUUGAUGAGCAAUUAAUAAUUCAUUACAUUUUAUUUCCUUAAACAUUUUAUUUACUUAUUUCAGGGAUGCACAACCAAUGGCUCGAAAGUAGCAUGGCAAAUCUAUUUACUUCCUCCCCGAACUAUUUAUUAAAAAAAAACUUUUUUUUUUUUUACAACUUAUCUUAAUGAGAGGGAAAAAGACUAACUUCUGUAGAAAUUUCGCAAACAAGUUUCAUAUAUAUAUAUAUAUAUAUACAUAUAUNAUACAGAAAAGAUAUAAAUAGAAAAAUAUGAUUUCAAAACUUUGAUUAAUAGUCAAAAUUAACUUAUGAGGUGUUAAUAAAAAUUUUAGUUUUCUAUUUUUUUUUCUUUUGUAUAUCUAUUAUUGUUUUAUAAUCAAUUUCCUUAUAAUCUUAAUAUUUAUUUGCAUUAAAUAUUUUUAUUUUAUUGUACAUAAAUAUGUAUCUGGUAAAAAAAUUAAGUUGUUAUUUUUAUUACUUUCAACUAUAAUACAGUCAUGUUUUUACGGGUUAUUGCCUUACGUUAAUGUUUAACCCAAAUAUUAAGUUUUUUUUUUUAAAUUUUGUGGCCUUCUAGCCUGUGCAUCCUUGAGUUAAAUAGUUUGUUACCUGUUUCAUCUGAAGUUUUUUUUAUACUAUUUUUAAGAAAUAUUUCUGUGAUAUUUGAUUAAAAAGUAAAAUCUAAUAUAGUUCUUUAUAAUGUUUUUGUCGAAGGUAUUCAUAAUUUUUAAAAUUGUUAUUUGAAAUUUGAUGAUUUUUUUUUUAUUGUGGGAAUUUUAUUUAGAGGUAUAUCUGCAUUAUUAAAAUAUUUAAAAAUAAAAUUAUCUUACCUAUAAUUAUUUUAGGUUAGUGCAUUCUUUCAAAUUUGCAUUAUUGAAAAAAGUUCUUAAUUUUAUUAUUUUUUUUAUUUAUUUUACACAUAAAACAAAAACUAAAUUUUUUAACUUGCAAUUUUGUUCAAUUUGUAUUAUGUUGCAUUUUAAAUAUUUUACUAUUCUUUAAAUGUAGUUGGAAACCAAACUUAUUGUUUUCAAAAUUAGACAUCAAUGUAUAAUUAAUUUAUUUGAUUUGUAUAUGUUUUUGGAAAUAGUUUGCCAAACUAUGUGGUUAAUAAGCAUUAUAGUUAAAAAUUGUUACAAAUGCUUGGAAAUUUAAUGUUUUAAUAAUUCAGUAAUUUAGUGUUGUUUUUAUUUCCUUUUAAAAAUUUAUUCUAAAUAUAGCUGGUUGUGAAGUUUAGUAUUUAAAUUUUUUAUUCUCUAACUUUCUGCUUAAAGAAUAAGGAUUAGUUGUUAUAGUUGCAUUUUCCAUUAUUUUAUUGAGGAAGCAACGUUUAUAUAAUAAACUUGUUUUGAACUUUUUACAAUGCAGUGUUUAAUUAAGAAAUAUAAAUAUCUUUUAUUAUAUUUCUUUAUGGUUUGAGAGUAAGUUAGCUUCAAAAUAUUUUAAUGUAGCAGUAUAGAUGAAAUUAACUUAGUUUGCCAAAGAACACUGUUUUUUCGCGCUCAUGCUGGCUUGGGUUUUAAUAGAUUCAUAUAUCUUAAUUCAUUUACAUAACAAUUUAUGUUUAGUUAUCAAAUUUUUAUGUGAAAAGUGUCCAUUAAACAAAGAUUAAACUCUGCGAGUUUUAAAUUUAAAAUUUUUAAUUCAAUAUGUGUUUAAUGCUUGUAAAGCAGGAAGAUGUAAAUUAAUACGUAUGUUAUUACUUAUUAAUAUUUCAUAACCUCUUUUGUCUAAAAUCGCUUAAAUUUUAUAUAUAUAUUUUACUGAGUCAUGUGUAAAGGCCUAGUUAUCCUAUUCAUUAGAAUUCUACAACUUAAAUUAAUCAAGAAAUUUUUAUUAUUUGUGGUGGUCACAACAUUUUAUUGAGAAAAUAAAUAACUAUGCCAUUUUUGUUAUGAAGAAAGUCUUCUGCUUCUUAAAAUUUUUAUAUUUUUUUAUCUGGAAUGUUUCAACACUUCAAACUUAUUUGUAGUUUAAUAAUUUUACCUGACUAUAGAGUUUGCAGGAACGGAUAUUUCAUCUAUUUUUAGUAAAAAAUUUCUCUCUGUCUUUUAGUAGGAAUGCAGAAGUAUCCACUACUAAAUAAAAAUAUUAUUCAUUUUAUGGUAUUCCAACUCAAUUAGUAUCUAUAUAUAAGUUAAACUGGAUUAUUAUAUAAUGAAUCCUUUUUGUCAGUCAGCAGUGAAAUUUUGUGUAGUCUCAUUGAAAGAUACACCACUUUCUACAAUUGUGUGUGUGUAAAAAUGUGUAACUGAGUGUAGAACUGAUUCAUCUUGAGACAUCCCAGCUUAAUUAGCAUCCAUUGAUGUGUAUGUUGAACUGAUUCAUCUUGAGAUAUCUCAGGUUAAUUAGCAUCCAUUUAUAUAUGUGUUGAACUGGAAUAUCAUAUAAUAAACCAUUUUUACAUUCAUUAGUGGACAUUUCUGCAGCCUCAUUUAAAAUUGUAAUAAUAAAAGUUUUUUUUAAGAGUGUUGAUUAUUAAACUUAUGAAUGUUGGAUUAUUAAACUUUUACGUUGACAAAUAAAAUAUUUAAGUUUUGGUCAUUUAUUUAAAGGUUGGGGUUCUUCCAACAAUAUGUAUUAUGAAUGUAAUUUCUCCGUAAUUGCAAGAAAUCUAUUUGUUGAAUUUCUUCUAAAAAGCAAAAACGUGUGUUUUUUUUCACUUGUAAUAGUUUUAUUAGAGGUUUUUUUAACAGUAGAUUUCAAUUGAAUUUAAAGGAAGGUUUUUAAAAGGUUUGUGAUACGAGUUUAAAUUAGUAUUGUUUUCUAUACAUUCCAGUUCAUUUGCAUUGAUGCACUUCAGUGGAAAGAUUUAUUCAUUUGACUAAAAUUUCAUGUUAUAUUUAAAUUUUGAUUGUGUGACUGUAAAAUUUAUUUAUAUAUAGCAAAAUUAUUUAAUAAAAUGUUAUGAGUUUCUCUUA